AUGACGUCCACACGGGCUUUGUUUUAUGGCCCGCCGCCAGCCAUGUCCCCGCCUUCCAAGAACAAAUUCAAGCGCCAGAGCAGGAUAUUUUCUCAGGUCCUGUACCGGACGCUGAGCUACAAGGACCGCAGCUCGGUGGCCGCCUACCCGGUGGAGAGCAAGGAUGAUCCGGCCGAGCUCUCCACCCAGAUCUCCGCCCCGGGGGUCCUCAAGGUGUUCGGGUGCCACAUCUGCGCAGGCACCCACUACAAGAGCGUCCUGGCGACGGCCAGCUCCAGCGCCCAAGAGCUGGUGAAGGAAGCCCUCGAGCGUUACGGCCUAAGCAAGGUGAACGCCAACCAUUAUGUCCUCUGCGACGUCAUUGGACGGUUUGUGGGUUCAGAGAAGCAGUGGCAGAUGGACGGCCUGCGGGUGCUCCGGGACAACGAGAAACCUCUCUCGAUCCAGGAUCUCUGGAAGCCCCGGGAAGGGUUCUCCCGGCGGUUCGAACUCCGGAAGCGAUCGGAGGUGGAGGAGUUGGCCGCCAAGGACAAAGACACCCUCACGGCAGGCAUAAAUGCCCAGGCCCGGAAACUCCAGCGGAACCGCGCCAAAGGCACCAUGACCCUCCUGACGGGAUGCAAAAGCCACUCCACGCCGCCGCCUCUCCGGCGCACCGUCAGCGAGACCAGCCUCAACCAGGCCAGCACUCGGGACGAAGGCGAGGAGGAGCAGCUCCAGAGGCAUUACUCCACGUUGCCGGAGACCCUGCGAUGCGUGGAGAGCGCGAGGAACGGGGAGCCGCCUCGCGCGGAGGAGCAGAGUAGCACUAGCCUGCGCCACUCGCUUUACCAGUCUCCGCAUCUCCUGCUCCUCCAGGGCUACAGCCAGCAGCACGACAGCUUAGUUUACCUGUUGAACCGCGACCAGCACACCGUAGGCCAAAGAACUCAGUCUAGCAAGCCCAGCAUUAGCCUGUCUGCUCCGGACAUCCUCCCCCUUCACUGCACCAUCCGGAGGAUUAAGGUCUCCGGUCGCUCCCACCACCGCUCAGAAGAGAAACUGGUCCUUGAGCCCAUCCCGGGAGCCGGCGUCUCCGUCAACUUCUCCGAGGUGGGUCAGACGGUCGUCCUGCACCACGGAGACCUGAUCUCCCUCGGCCUUUACUACCUGCUCCUCUACAAGGAUCCUUUGAAGACCCAACCGCUGCCCGCUCAGACCCUCAUAAGGCUCAAAGCCGUGCGCCGGGCCUCGGAACCGGAGCUCCCUUCCACCUGCAAGAUGUGCGGCAGCCAGGUGAAAGAGAAGCCGCCCUCGUCCAAGAAGCAAGGGCCCCAGCCUCCCUCGGGCCGGAGAGCCAGCCGGCGGAGGCCGCAGCUGGAGUUCGACAAGGCCAGCGAGGACUUGCUGCUGCGGAGGAUCGUCUCCCUCAUUGAGCCCACGGGCGACGACCACAAGCUGACCCCGGCCUUCCUGGUGUGUCUUUGCAUCCAGCACUCGGCCACCCGUUUCAAACCGGGCGAAUUCGGACAGCUGCUGCUCAAGCUGUCCAAGAUGAUCCAGAGGACCGUGUGGGAGAAAACGAAUGAACUCGCCGGGAAGCAGAGCCAACAGGAGGGCGUGGUUGUGUACGAAGACCCAGUGUGGGAAUCUGCCCUCGGUUAUAGCAAAGAGUUACCAAAUUUAGUUCCAGAGAGGCAGCUGUCCCCGUUUAAGCAACACGG